GGUCUUGACAUAGUGUAAUUAUGUAAUUAUACUGACACGUUUGCUGACAUAAUGUCAAUAGACCCCCCCCACCCGCUAAUGUAGUUAUAUAGAAAUCGCCUCGUUCAAACCCAGAACAAAGCUUCUGUUCAUUAACAACCAGCAACUUUAUGAAAAUUUUACACAGUAGCUUUUAUAUCAAGAUUCGUAUACAUUACAUCACGUUUCGAAACGUAUGAAAUGAUUUCAAACAGCGGUAGGCUUCGGGAAGAUAUGAGUUGAUACGAAACUUGUCUUUCGUAUAGUUUAAGUAUAUCAUGUAGGUUAAGCUACUGGCAAAUAUUUGUUCUCAGUCAUUAUAUUCCAUCAUUCACAACGAAUAACACACCAUAUCAUACUUCAAAUUUUACUUUAAAAGUCAUACUUAUCAAAGCAAAACCACAACCCGUCAAUCAAGAUGUCUGUUGAUAACGAGGACCAUACUGCAGAUAUGUUGAAAGGAGGGUUGAUUGUCGGUGGGACUAUGAUUGGUAUCGUUCUUUGUUUUGGGAUAAUACUGUGUUUUCACGACUGCUACACUAUCCGCAAGGGGGCUAAACUAUUGAGAAGGUCGGCUCAUGCGGAACAGUUCACGCAAGACCUCGAAGCUCAGACGCAAGCCCACGAACAGACUUCGCAACCACCACCGCGGCCCCACGACGAUGAUUUCUCAGGAUUCGAUUUUUCAACCAGUACCUACUCUGGUACGCAAGUACCCUCUCAGCCUACUAUACCUGAGCCAGCUCAUCGACCUGUGCAAGAGCCUAAUGGUCGUCCGACCAUGCAGAGGCGGCAGACUGUUGAUGAUACGACAGGCACCCCAGAGCUGCGAAGAAAGCCUGCAUUUACCAACAUAGCCAAAGGGGAAAGAUCCCCAAGGCCGUUACUUGCACACCCAGAUGAGUUUGAACUCGAAGACGUUGAUAUUCGUAGUACCUAAGUAAUGAGGUGAGUUAAUCCGCUUCUAAGCGAUUGCUUUUUAGCUACUUUAAAUAGAAAAGAAGCAAAAGAAUAUGUAGAACUAUCCAUAAGGGGUUUAAUGUGGUCGUCAAAUUCGUAAAAGGGCCUGUUUAUAAGAAGAUGUGUGUUGAAAUAAAGGGCUUUGAUUUUAUAGGGACGGAACUCCUAGCUAAAAUAAAACUUGGC